AUGCGGGAUCACUUCGCCACUGAGACACCUGGGGGCGGUCUUCAUUUUGCAUCAACUACAGCCAGUCUCAGAACUGAGACAGAAGCGGACACAAGCGAAAAUGAGAUUGUUGCCCCAGACUUCACUAACAGGAAUCCUCGGAACUUGGAGCAGUUGGCCCUGGCUAGGAAGGAGCGUGGCUGGAAGACAACGUGGCCAAAGCGUGAAUUCUGGCAUAGAUUACGGCUUGAGCGGACACAGCAUUAUGUGGAAGCCUUUGUUGAGCGCUGUAACGGGGAUGUUGUGGUAUCUGCCUCUACCCGAGAGUGGGCCAUAAAGAGACACCUUUACAGUCCCAAGGGAGUAACAGCAUGCAAAAACCUUGGCCGCGUAAUGGCACAGCGCUGUUUGGAAGCAGGAAUCAACUUUGUGAACUUUAAAGCCGUUAUCCCCUGGGAACAUCGCUGUGACUCGAUUCAGGAAUUCGAAAAAGCUGUGGAGGAGGGUGGUGUCGUUCUGCGUGAGCCACGAAGAAUCUAUCGGUAAAAUGGAGGCUGCUGGGAAAACUCUGAGGAACAACAGUCACUUCUUCAGGCGUGUGUACCGGCACAGUGAAGGUCCAGAGCUGGAAAGAGUUGGAACCCGGCAUCUUACAAUAAAAUAUUUUUAAACGCAU